CUCUGGCAGGAAUCGACUUUAAGAUCAGAACAAUAGAAUUAGAUGGAAAGAAAAUCAAGCUACAAAUAUGGGAUACAGCAGGCCAGGAGAGAUUCCGCACAAUCACGACAGCUUACUACAGAGGAGCCAUGGGAAUCAUGCUGGUGUAUGACAUCACAAAUGAAAAGUCUUUUGACAACAUAAAAAACUGGAUAAGAAACAUAGAGGAGCAUGCCUCUUCAGAUGUAGAAAGAAUGAUCCUGGGUAACAAAUGUGAUAUGAAUGAAAAAAGACAAGUCUCAAAAGAAAAAGGGGAGAAGUUAGCAAUUGAUUAUGGAAUCAAAUUUUUGGAGACAAGUGCAAAAUCCAGCAUAAAUGUGGAAGAGGCAUUUUUCACACUUGCACGGGACAUUAUGACAAAGCUCAACAGAAAGAUGAAUGACAGCAGUUCAUCGGGGGCAGGUGGGCCAGUAAAAAUAACAGAAAAUCGAUCUAAGAAGAGCAGCUUCUUUCGAUGCACGCUACUUUGAUGAACUUCUAAUGAUAGACUGCAGCACACUUAGAACCUUUUCUGCUUCUUUGAAAGCACAGGGUCACAAAGCCUCAGAAAUAAUACCACCAAGCUGCUGCUGAGAGCUCCAUUGAACGUAGACUGCGAUACACAAAAUACCAAGUGGAUUUUGCUCACUAAGCCUAUUGACCUGUCAGGCUCUUCUUUCUCAGAUAUGGAAGCUAUGAAGUGGAGACACAAAUGCAAGAGUUAACUUGUUUUCCUUUUUUACUUUCUGUUUUACUGCCUGUUGCAAAAGCUGCUAUGUUUCUUUUAACUUUGCACAUCCAUAUUGGCCUCUUACUGCCUGUUACAGCACAAUCUUACACUUGUAUUUGCACAGUUUGACUUGUAAGUAAGAUUCUUAACAGAUUUGUGCAGGUUUUUCUCUCUCUCUUUAAACAAAUUUAUUUUCAAGCAGAAGAGCCAGGGGAAAAAUAAGUCUCGCUUCCAUUAUUUUCUAUGCUGUAUACUUGUGGCCAUGACUGCAGUAUGGAUGUUGACACUCUAGUGAUGAGAAUUACUGUAACAAUUGGCAUUUAACAAUUUGUGUGGGGGUUUGUCUUAGAUGCACAAAUCUGUUCAUGCAGAAGCUAUGGCUUCUAUUCUGAAUGUAGUAUGUUGCUUUUCUUUCUUUACCAGACUUAGCAAAGAUGUGUUCUGAAUUGCCAGCCACUGUCUGAUUCACAGAUGCACCUUUCAGUUAUGUGAAUACACACAGUGUCUUUCCUCA